GUUUAUCCCUGGGGCUCGACAUUUGACUCAGCUGCGUGUGCUAAGACAGCUGUUUUUGACAUUUAUUGUGUUUUAUGCAGUAUGCACAAAGAUAGCCUAACCCUAACCUCAAAUUUUUGUUUGACAUUUGGAAUUUGUGUUGAAGGAAUUUAUAAACAAAGAUAACUCAAAAUCGCUCCAAAAUUUUUACAUGAAAAUGAUUCAUACACAUUAAUAUUUAUUUUAGAUAAAAAGUGAGACAUGAUAUAGUGAUUUCGUGAUAGACUACGUUUACAAUAAUAGAAAUAUACUAAACAGAUUGCCGGAGAAACUACCAUCAGAACAAGAUGAUCUUGGCGGUUAUUGCAAUUAGUUUUGUUGUCAAAUGUUGUUUAUGUUUUCAACCAAUAAUAAACAGCACCUUGGAUUACAAUGUCACUUACUCAUUUGAUAUAACAAAUGAUAUAGAAUGGAUUUUAGGAUUUCAUGACAGUAAUAUAAACAAUACGGACGUUGAUGUGCCUCCUACGAUCUGGAUCAGCAGCAAUGCAACUGUUUCGGCACCUUUAAUGAUUGUAGCACGACAACCCAAGAGGAUGUUGUCAUGGCAACUGCCAAUGGUGGUUGAGAGUGAAUCCGGAGAGAAAACCUUUCAAACUGUAUCUAGAACCUUGUGCCAUGAUAUUAUUGGGCAUACAAGACAGGGUUUCACUGGAGGUUUUACACAACGUGACAUAGGCCCCCUUGUAACUGUGUCAACUGCUUCUCCUGAACCUAUACAGUUUAGCAUUCGGGUUAGUUACCAAGACUUCUUUUAUCUCGACCAUCAAAGGUCAUAUAACUUCAAUAUCACACCCAGUGAGCCUAGAUACUUUUACUACAACUUUACCACUAAUACAUUGUUGAAGGAAAAUACUAAUAAUUAUGAAACAGUAAUUUUAGAAGUUACUUCGGAUGAUGAGAUUUGUAUGACUGUCAGUAUACAAAACGUCAGUUGUCCAGUUUUCGAUACGAAUCAAGAUGUCACAUUCAGAGGAUUCUAUGAAACUGUCAAUAAAAAAGGAGGAAUCACGAUUCCAAAAUAUAAAUUUCCUUAUGGUUUCUAUAUCGUGUUUGUCGCCAAGAGUGACGAUUAUCAAUGUACAAGUUUUACUGGAUUCCAAAGCGGUAAUAUAGAAAGAAUCAAGAACAUCUCACUGAUCAUCAAACCCAGCAUAACCCAUUCAGAAUAUGUUAGAGCUGUGAUCAUAACUUUGGCUGCAAUAGGAGGAUUCUAUGUAGUAUUUGGCUUGUCCUAUUUUCUGUGUUCAGUGAGAAGUCAUAUACCAAGACAAAUGGCGUAUGCGCCAGAGCAUUUUCCAUCAACGCCAUCUUCAAGUAACAACAUCCAGGACGUUGCAAGUGUGGCUGAGAGUGUCAGUAUUGAUGAAAGUGAAUACGACACAUUGGACGAAGUGGAAAUGAUGCGAAAAUGAGGCUUGGUAGAGGAAACCCUUGUUUAACCGAUCUAGCAAGAAAACAUCCCAAAAUAAUCAUCAAGAGGUCCUAUUUAUAUUUCUAUAAUGUACUUACUGUCGCUGUAUUCUACGGGCUUCCUGUUGUACAACUUGUAGUGACUUAUCAAAGGGUAUUGAACCAAACCGGACAACAAGACCUUUGCUACUACAACUUCCUCUGUUCACAUCCACUUGGACUUCUGAGCGAUUUUAAUCAUGUAUUUUCCAAUAUAGCUUACAUAUUAUUAGGUGCACUGUUUCUUAUAAUCACUUGCAUCAGAGAGAAGACUCAUAAGGACUUAGAUUUUGAUCGGCAAUUUGGGAUACCCCAACAUUAUGGAUUGUUUUACGCUAUGGGAGUGGCUCUAAUUAUGGAAGGAAUCUUGAGUGGAAGCUAUCACGUUUGCCCGAAUCAAUUAAAUUUUCAGUUUGAUUCCAGCUUCAUGUAUGUCAUGGCAGUUUUAUGUAUGGUAAAGUUGUAUCAGAAUAGGCAUCCAGAUAUAAACGCUAGUGCUUACUCUACGUUUGGGAUUUUAGCAUUAGCAGUCUUACUUGGUAUGAUUGGUAUUUUGGAAGGAAACAUCUACUUCUGGAGAUUUUUUGUCGUGGUACACAUACUGAUGUGUCUAUAUGUCAGUAUUAAGGUUUAUUAUAUGGGCUGUUGGCGGCUAUCACGAGUGUCUAUACGAGGAAUCUACAAUUCUUGUGUGAACGAUUUUAGAUCUGGACCAUUGAACCUCUUUGUUCCAUGCCAUAAAGGUUACUAUAAUUUAUACAGGGUGUAAACGUUAUGGUAAUCAUUAUUGAAAUGUGAAAUAGGUGAGGUCAAAACAAGUCA